GCUGUAUAAAAAGCCGAGACCUGCUCUGGUGCUCUGCUGUCACUGCCCAAGACAGACAACAUGCUGCCUGCGGUUGUGAAGCUCUGCUGUGGAAUCUCCUAUCCCCACCUGAGGAGUAUGGCAGGACUUCAACGCACAGCUGUGGCAGUGAUAGGCCAGGAGAUCACACACCUGCAGACCUGGAGACAGAUGCAACAUCACAUAGGAAUGCAUGCAGGAAUAAAAUAUAUAGAACCCAAACAUGAAGAUAUGAAGCCUGUGCAUGCCACCGAAGAUCAGCUGUUCUUUAUAGAACAAGGCCAAGAAGCGAUGAGGAAGGCUGUCAGCAUGUUGGAGGACAAAGAAGGAUGGAGGGUGGAGAUUGCAGAGAGUAACGGAGAUGUUAUCUGUAGCAAAUUGAUGCCGGGAGCCAGGAGGGUCUUUAGGCUGGAGGCGGUCCUAGACGGAAGUGUAGAAGAACUCUACAACCUCUUGUUUGUGAGGGUGGAGGAGAUGCACAUGUGGAACCCAAGCAUACAACAAAUCAAAAUUCUGAAGCAGGUUGGACCCGGAACGAUGGUCACACACGAGGUCUCAGCCGAGACGGCAGGAAAUUUGAUCGGCCAGAGGGACUUCUUGAGCGUCAGGCACAGCUGCAAACAAGAAUCCAGAGUUUGUCUCGGAGGAGCUGCUAUUCAGCUGAAAUCCUUCCCACCCCAGUCAGGCUUUGUCAGAGCUGAGGAUGGACCAACCUGCAUCGUCAUUCAGGCUCUGGACAGCGACAGAAGAAAAAGCCGCUUCACAUGGCUCCUCAACAUGGACGUAAAGGGCUGGCUGCCGACAUCCAUUGUCAAUCAGGCUCUGCCCCGGGCACAGCUUGAUUUCACCGAACACCUCCGCAGACGUCUGGCAGCGAGCGCCACACUGGGUUGACUCAGACUGUGUGAUUCCCACAUCGCUGCAGCGCCUUGUCAUCACUCCGGGGAACACUGGGAGUUGGAGACACAGUGAUAGCCUGGCUGCUCGGCACAGUGGAGUCUUUUCAACCGGAGCAGAAACACUCCCUGGAGGAGUCACUGAGCCUCGGUGCUCUGCUUAGCAGAGCUGGCAGACAAGGGUGUCAGUCUGGUGGGACGAAGCUUUUUUAUUAUAGGAAUUAAUGUCACAGAUGAACCUCAUUAUGACCUCCUGAUAAGGAGUCAUUAUUGACACAAGACUGAGAGUAGAAAUCCCUGAAUAUGACUGGAAAUUUUAAUAAAGUACUUGAAUAAGCCCAUUG